CGGCAGCACAAACUCCCCAAACCCCGAGAGAAGAAUGCCAGAUUAUCCACACCUCCUCCCACCAUGCUCACCACCCACCUCUCCCCCACCCUCAAGCCGCCUCCACCCCUCCUCCACCCCCACCCCCACCUCCCCCUCCUCCGCCGCCACCGCGGGCCCGUCUCCGCCGCCGCCGUAGCCCCGUCGGACCUCCUGGCCAGCGUCGAGUCGGUCGCCUCCGCGGCCUCCGUCCUCGCCGCCAUCGUGCUCGUCCACGAGUCGGGCCACUUCCUCGCGGCCACCUCCCGCGGCAUCCACGUCUCCCAGUUCUCCGUCGGCUUCGGCCCGGCCCUCGCGCGCUUCCGCCUCGGCCCCGUCGAGUACGCGCUCCGCGCCAUCCCGCUCGGCGGCUACGUCGGGUUCCCCGACGACGACCCGGAGUCCGGCUUCGCGCCCGACGACCCCGACCUCCUGCGCAACCGCCCCGCCCCCGACCGCCUCCUCGUCGUCUCCGCGGGCGUCGCCGCCAACCUCGUCUUCGCCUUCCUCAUCGUCUACGCCCAGGCGCUCACCGUCGGGGUCCCCGUCCAGGCGCAGCUCCCGGGCGUCCUCGUCCCCGAGGUCCUCCCCGGCUCCGCCGCCGCGCGCGCCGGCCUCCUCCCGGGCGAUGUCAUCCUCUCCGUCCCCAGCCUCGCGCCGGACCCCUCCGUUCCUGUACUCGUCGACCUCAUCAAGGCCAGCCCCAACAAGAAUGUCUCCGUCACGGUCUCAAGAACCGGCCCAGGAGCCGGCGACAGGCGGUCCAUUGACCUCACCGUCGUGCCGGACACCAGCGUCGAUGGGACCGGUCGCAUUGGUGUGCAGCUCUCGCCCAAUUUCCGUGUGACUCGCGUCCACCCGAAUAACCUGGCCGAGGCGACCGUCCUCGCCUUGCGUGAGUUCACUGCACUGAGCGGUACGGUGCUCGAUGGGCUCAGGCAGACGUUUCUCAACUUCUCGCAGACAGCGGAGAAGGUGUCUGGUCCGGUUGCAAUCAUAGCCGUGGGUGCAGAGGUGGCCAGGUCAAGCGCCGAGGGCUUGUUUCAGUUUGCAGCAGUGAUCAACCUCAAUCUUGCCGCGAUAAACUUGUUGCCGUUGCCAGCAUUAGACGGUGGGACGUUGGCGUUGAUCCUUCUUGAGGCGGCCCGUGGUGGGCGGAAGAUACCCCGUGAAAUUGAACAAAGGAUCAUGUCGUCCGGUAUAUUGGUGGUACUUAUGGUUGGCAUGUUUCUGAUUGUCCGUGACACGCUCAAUCUCGACUUCAUCAAGGACAUUUUGUGAUACUUGGGGUAAAAACUGGAUCGCAGUUAGUGAAGUCAGAAGUUUCGGAUAUUGGUUGCCUCGGAAAAGGUUAGUAGUUGUGCAAUUGGGAUCCAUUUUACACUUUGUUGUGAUUGCUCUAGCAUUCUAGCUUCUUAUACUGCUCAUAGGCCCUUGUAUUGUUAUCUGAAUGAAGCUCCGAAAUUGCACUUAGUAGCAUUUCUAGAGAAACGAGAAUGCUGAAUUGUUGAUAUGUAAAUUACUCUUUCUGUGAAGCAAAAAUAGUUGCU